UUAGCCGGGCGUGGUGGCGGGCGCCUGUAGUCCCAGCUACUCGGAGAGGCUGAGAUGGGAGAAUGGCGUGAACCCGGGAGGCGGAGCUUGCAGUGAGCCGAGACUGUGCCACUGCACUCCAGCCUGGGCGACAGAGCGAGACUCCGUCUCAAAAAAAAAAAAAAAAAAAAAAAAAAAAAAUAUCUUUUUUUUUUUUUUUUCCAGUGGGUUAAUCUUAAAUAAAAUGAACAGAGCUGUUCUACUCAGGCCUGAUAAUUUUAAGAGAUGGACUAAUCAUACAAGAGAAAGGAAGUUCAUAGUUUUGAAUCAUUUAAGCUAAAAAUAACUUUUUCUACUGCAAUGUAUUUAUGAUGGGAAAAUUAAAAGUACAUAAUAAGCAAAAAUUAUAUAAAAACAGUUAUGUGGUAGUCUUCAUAAUCAGAACCUACACUGAAAUAUGGGUAUAUGAGGGUUCACAUUAGUGUCCAUACUUUGAGUGUGCUUGAAAUUUUUCGUCAUGAAAAAUGUAAAAGAUACAUAAUCCUGUCAUCCAGAGGUGAUUUUUAGAGAUUUUUUUCAGACAUAAAAAGAUCUGUAAAAACCAUGUUGUUUAUGUCUGAGAAGACCUAUAAAAUCCAUUUCUCGCUGACAGGAUUAUGUGUCUUUUUUGUUGUUGUUAUGAAAAGUUUUUUUAAAUGAAAUAAAGUUUUAUAAAUUUUCAGUAUAGUAAAAUAAACUUCCAUAAGAUUUGAGGUGAGAUAAAAGAAAGAAACAGUGUUCUAACCCUCCAAAUCAAGGUUUUUCAAACUAUGCUUAAAGAGGAAUUCUCUUAAAAUGGACUAAUUGGGCAUUUCUCAAUUUAUGGUGAAUGGAUUUUGAAAGGCUAAUGGAUAAAAUGUUCUCAAGUUGAAUUUUUCUUAAAAAUUUGGUGCCUACUCAAAAGUGCAUGAACAAGUAGCAAAAUUAAGUAGUAGGGCUUAAUUCAAAAGCUCAUGUGAUCAUAGUAUUUGAGAGUGUCUGCAUAUAAGCAUAUUGUAACUGCCCAAUGGGUUCUUCUUCCCUGCUGCCCAGGUAGAGCUGAUCUAUCAAGACAGGAGAAUUGCAAUAAGGAGUUUAUGUAUAGCUGCUAAAUGGGAGAGCCGAGUUUUAUUAUUGCUCAAAUCAGCCUCCCCAAACAUGCAGAGUCUAGGGUUUAUCAAGGAUAGUUUGGUAGGCUGGGGGCUGGGGAAUGGGUGCUGCUGGUUGGUUGGGGAUGCGGUUACAGAGGUGGGGGCCAGAGGACCAGUUGGAGUCAUCCGAAAUGCAAAAGUCUGAAAAGACAUCUCAAAAGGCCUUUUUUAGGUUCUACAGUAGUGAUACUACUUACAGGAGUAAUUGGGGAAGUUAACAAAUCUGUGACUUCCAGAAUAAUGUCUGGUUAUCAUUUAACUACCUACAUUUUAGCAGAGUUCAGGCCCCUCUCAUAAUCCUAACCUUAUAGUCUUUCAUUAGUUUUGCAAAGGUGAUUUAGUUUCAGGAAGGGCUAUUAUCAUUCUUGCUUUAAGAUUACACUAUAAACUAAAUUUCUCCCCAAGUUUGCUUGGGCUGCAUCCAGGAAUGACCAAGGGCAGUUUGGAGGUUAAAGGCAAGAUGGAGUUGAUUAGGUGAGAUCUCUUUUACAGUCAUGAUUUUCUUACUGUUACAAUCUUUGCAAAGGUGGUUUCAAUAGUUCCUGCUAAUAAAUAUGUUCCUAGGUGAUUCUACAGAGAGCAGAUUAUUCCAAAAAGAGCAUCAUGAUUUACAGACACUUAUUCUAGCUGAACUUUUUUUUUUUAAGAGACGAGUCUCUGGGUUAUUGUGGUGGCUCACACCUGUAAUCCCAGCACUUUGGGAGGCUGAGGUGGGAGAAUUACUUGAGCCCAGGAGUUGGAGACCAACCUGGGCAACAUAGUGAAACUGUGUCUGUAUUUAAAAAAAAAAAGAGGCUGGACACAGUGGCUCAGGCCUGUAAUCCUAGCACUUUGGGAGCCCAAGGCAGGCAGGUCGCAAGGACAGGAGUUCCAGGCCACCCUGGCCAACAUGGUGAAACUCCGCCUCUACUAAAAAUGCAAAAAAUAGCUGGGCGUGGUGGUGCACGCCUGUAGUCCCAGCUACUCGGGAGGCUGAGGCAGAAGAAUCACUUGAACCCAGGAGGCAGAGGUUGCAUUGAGCUGAGAUUGUGCCACUGCACUCCAACCUGGGCGACAGAGCAAGACUCCAUCUCAAAAAAAAAAAAAAAGAGAGAGAGAGACACAAGGUCUUGCUCUGUCAUGCAGGCUGGAAUGCAGUGUUGGGACUUUGGCUCACUGCAGCCUUGACCUCCUGGGCUUAAGUGAUCCUCCCACAUCAGCCUCUCGAAUAGCUGGGGCUGUGGGCAUGCUACCAUGUCCAGCUAAUUUAAAAAAAUUUUUUUGUAGAAACAAAGUCUUGCUAUGUUGCUCAGGCUGGUUUCAGACUCCUAGUCUCAACUGACCCUCCUGCCUCAGCCUCCAACAGUGCUGGGAUUAUAGGCCUGAGCACUGCACCUGGCCUCAUCCUAAGCAUUUUCAAGAAGUGUGGAGAAUAGCAGAAAAGCCAAAGAUAGUGAUACGUACAGUAAUAGAUGUAUGUACAGAGUUUUAUGACAGCAUAGGGCCUAACGAAGUUUCAGGGAAGGCAUCUGGGAGAAUGUAAUACUUGAUCAGAAAUUAAAGAAUGUGAAGGCCGGGCACGGUGGCUUACGCCUGUAAUCCCAGCACUUUGGGAGGCUGAGGUGGGCGGAUCACAAGGUCAGGAGAUCGAGACCGUCCUGGCUAACACGGUGAAACUCCUUUUCUACUAAAAAUACAAAAAAUUAGCUGGGCAUGGUGGCGGGCGCCUGUAGUCCCAGCUACUUGGGAGGCUGAGUCAGGAGAAUGGCGUGAACCUGGGAGGCAGAGCUUGCAGUGAGCCAAGAUCGCGCCACUGCACUCCAGGCUGGGCAACUGAGCGAGACUCCAUCUCAAAAAAAAAAAAAAAAAAAAAAAGAAUGUGAAGUCUAGGGAAUAGCACAUACAAAGGCAGGGAGACAGAAGAGAACAUGGCACUCUGGAGUUGCUGCAGAAAUUUCAGAGUGGUAAAAGGGAAGGAUAUUUGUGAAUCUGGUUAACUAGCCAGGAGUCUUUAAGGAAAGGACAUAACCAUGAUGCCAUGCUAAGGAGUUUGGACUUUAUUUUUUGUUUGUUGGUUGGUUUGUUUUGAGACAGAAUCUGGCUUUGUUGCCUGGUCUGGAGUGCAGUGGCUGGAUCUUGGCUCACUGCAACCUCUGCCUCCUGCACUCAAGCCAUCCUCUUACCUCAGCCUCCCGAGUAGCUGGGACUAUAGGUCCAUGCCACCAUGCUCACCUAAUUUUUGUAUUUGUUUUAGAGAUGAGGUUUCACUAUGUUGCCCCGGCUGCCCUCGAACUCCUAAGCUCAAGCAAUCCUUGGCCUCCCAAUGUACUGGGAUUUACAGGCAGGAGCCACUACAUCAGGCCUGGACUUUAUUUUGAGGAAAGGGGAAUGGGUGCUGAAAUUCCAGUAGAGGAUAACAUGAUUUUUUUUUAGACGGAGUUUCGCUGUUAUUGCCCAGGCUGGAAUGCAGUGGAAUGAUCUUGGCUCACUGCAACCUCCACCUACUGGGUUCAAGCAGUUCUCCUGCCUCAGCCUCCCGAGUAGCUGGGAUUACAGGCAUGCGGCACCAUGCCCAGCUAAUGUUUUGUGUUUUUAGUAGAGAUGGGGUUUUUCCAUAUCAGGCUGGUCUCAAACUCCCGACCUCAGGUAAUCCGCCUGCCGUGGCCUCCCAAAGUGCUAGGAUUACAGGUGUGAGCCACCAUGCCUGGCCGAGAAUAACAUGAUUUUUUUUAGAAAUCUACUUUAGUAGAAGUUAUACUACCAGAAAUAUAGAAGAUGACACAAAGUAGGAAAAAAAUGAGACAAGACUAAUUGGAAGGCUGUAGCUAAAAACCAGGAGAGAAAUGAUAAGGCUUUACUUAAGAAGUAAGGGUAGAGAGAGAAGAUGAAUUUUGAAAAGCUUGUAAAAGAUAGGCUCCACUGGACUACAGUGCAUGGGGGGUUGGGAGCCCAGGGGUGAAGAAAAGGGAAGUUUUCUGGUUGGAGUAACUAGGUGAGUGGUGGUGCCAUUAAUGAAGUUAGGAAAUUUUGGAGGCAGAGCAGGCUGAAGACAUUAAUAAAAUGAAUAUCAUGUUGAAUAUGCAUACUUCGAAGGUCCUGUGGGACCACUAGAUGUGUAUGCCCAAUAAAGUCUGUACUAGAAACGCAGAUUUAGUAGUCACAGCACCAUAAGCAGAGUGCGUGGUUCCUUAGAAGAAAGUUUAGCAAAUAAUAAGGCCUAUGGUUUCCCUACUGGGAGACAAACAGCCUUCAGAAUAUACAAAAGUCCCUGCCUUUUUGGAGCUUUAUUUUGGCAGAGAGGGGAGCAAGGGGCACAUGGGCAAUAUAAAAUAGUAAAACGUAUAGUAUAUUAAAUGGUGAAAGAAAUUCUGUGGAGACAGAUUAAGCAAGGAAGUGGGACUGAGCAUCAAAAUCAAUUAUUAGAAGGCUUGUUAAAGCUGAUUAGUGGCCCCAUACCCAGAGUUUCUGAUUAAGUAAGUUGGGAGUGGGACUAGAGAAUUUGCAAGUUCCCAUGUGAUGCUGAUGUUGCUGGUCUUUUUUUUUUUUUUUGGUGACGGAGUCUUGCCCUGUCACCCAGACUGGAGUGCAGUGGCAUGAUCUCGGCUCACUGCAGUCUCUGCCUCCUGGGUUCAAGCGAUUCUCCUGCCUCAGCCUCCUGAGUAACUGGGACUACAGGAAAACGGACGAUGUAUUACUAAGCUGGAAAACAUGGGGUUUCGAGUGGGACAAGGAUUGAUAGAAAGGUUUACAAAAGAUACUGCAAGGUUCAAGGAUGAGUUAGAUAUCAUGAAAUUCAUUUGUAAAGAUUUUUGGACUACGGUAUUCAAGAAGCAAAUCGACAAUCUAAGGACAAAUCAUCAGGGCAUCUAUGUACUUCAGGACAACAAAUUUCGCCUGCUUACUCAGAUGUCUGCAGGAAAACAGUAUUUAGAACAUGCAUCUAAGUAUUUAGCAUUUACAUGUGGCUUAAUCAGAGGUGGCUUAUCAAACUUGGGAAUAAAAAGUAUUGUAACAGCUGAAGUGUCUUCAAUGCCUGCUUCUGAGCAGAGUUGGAUAAUUGAAUUAGUUAUUCUGACAUUCUUUGGAUCGUGUCAUCUUAGUGGUUUGGGGUCAGUGCUCAUCUGAUAUAUCUUUCUUAUCACCUCUUCUACUUACUUUCUCUUACUUAAAUUAUCUGGCAUAAGCAGUUAUCUCCAGCUUUUGUUAGAACCUUGCAUGUUGAUUACUAAAACUAUACUUUGUUUCCCAUUUAUUUAUUACCCUUUUGCAUGUAUUUGUGUGACAGGGAACUCUGCAGCAGGGAGUGACUGCCACACCAAACGAGAUGUUUCACUGGGUACUCUGCCAUAGAAAUGGCAGAUUAAGAAGAUUGACUAAACCAAACAUUAUAUUAAAAACACAAAAUAAAAACUAUAAAAAUGUACUUUAGGACAUUAAAGAAAACUCAAGUUAGAAGCAUACCAUUUUGCUUUCAUGGAAGGGUACAGUAUUACAAAGAUAAUUUGUUUAACUUGAUUUAUUAAAUUCUAGUUAUGUGCCCUAUAAUGAUGUUUCAGUCAGUGACAGACCUCAUAUAUGGCUGUGGUUCCAUAAGAUUACAAUACUGUAUUUUUACUGUACCUUCUUUAUGUUUAGAUAUGCAAGUACUUACCAUUGUGUUACAGUGUCCUACAGUAUUCACUACAAUAAUAUGCUGUACAGGUUUGUAGCCUAGGAGCAAUAGGCCAUAGCUUAGGUGUAUAGUAGAUCAUACCAUCUAGGUUUGUGUAAGUACACUCUGUGACUGUACAAUUUAAAAUCUCCUAAUGAUGAUGCAUUUCUCAGAAUGUAUCCCCUUUGCUAAGCAAUGCAUGACUGCAAUCCUAAUUCUCACAUGUUUUGGGGAAAAAAUUUUAAUUUUGAAAAAAUUUAGGAAAGUUCCUACCAAAUAUACAUAUAUAAAGUUUAUUAAAAGUCAUAAUGACCCAGGAAUAGCUAAUGACACAGAGGUAGAUCAAAAUAGAACACAAUAGAGAACUUCAAAAUAAAACAGGUGUGGGAAUUAUGUGUGUGAAAAAGGUGGGUUCAAAUAAGUUGGUUUGUUAGACAUUCAUAUGCCUACCCAUCAGCCAUUUCGUUCUCCCUUCCUUGCUGACAAAGCCCCAUUUUUUUUUUUUCUUUUUUUUGGUCUAAAACUCUGUAUGGCUACCUUGUGCUGUAGAAUAGGGUGCUUCCCUAACCUAGAGAGGGUGAAUGUUGAUUAGAUUCUGUGCCAAUCAUGGUAAUUGGUUUACUUGAUCAUUUGAUGGAAUCUCGGCUAAUGAGAAAAAGGAAGCCUGAAGGUUUUGAAUAAGAAAUUUUCUGUUGCUCUUAACAAUUGAUACAAGAUAGGAAUUUGCUGGCAUCCCUCUUCUCCUUCUCAGUGAAGAUAUGUGAUAUGGAUGUUUGAAGCUAAUCUGCAACAGCCUUCUGAUGGCCAUGAAAGGACAAGUAUGGAUAUGAAAGCUAUCACACUGAGGAUAGCGGGAUGUAGAUAGAAAGCACCUGAAUUGUGCUUCUGAAUUAACCAAUCCGGGAACUGGUUUACCUUUGGACUUUUUGUUAUGUGAGAUAUUCUUUAUAUUGUUCCAUUCAUUUUGGGUAUAUGUAUAUUGUUACUUGUAGCCAAAAAGAAACCUCUCUUAGUAGGAACAAAGGGAGAGUUAGGUUAUUCAAAAAGUAGUAUGGGACAAUUGAACACCUUUUUCUGCGGGAGUAGGUGGGGAGAAACUUAAAGGUUCACUUGUAAAACAAUAAAGUACUAUAGAAAAUA